CCCUGUUACUACGUCCUUUUUUCGCUUGGGUUCCAUGCUUGCGCACCACGGGCGCAGAUGACCCAAAUGACAAGCAUUGAGAACAGACCAGCUGCACACACAGCUCUUGCUUCAUCCACGGAGAUUGCCUCGCGGAGUGGUUUGGCUGGUGAAGGAAAUCCUCCGCGUUGGAUCCUCGCUCAUCCGAAGCGCGGAUCGAAAACAGAUCCUACGUGCGUGUGCACUAGGCGUACGGCAUGUGCAACCGACGUCGCUUCGAUCGUCAGCAGUGGACCAUGGCAAACGGCGCUCAUCAUCGCUUCGACCCCUGGGGCUAAUCAGUGCGGCUACCUGCUGAGUUGCCACCGCGCCGUCUGGUUUAAUAAAGAGGCCAAACGUAGCUCAUGGCUGAUAGCAGCGUUAUGCACGAUUGACGUGGCAGAUCCACUAUCCAGUUCCGAAAUCAAUUCGGCCACGCCGCAGUUUGCAUACCAUAGUCCUCACACCGAUGAGGAAAGAAGAUUUCCAGCACUGCGGAGGCAUACAAUGACUCGCCUGUCUGCCCGAUCCAUGGCCCUGGUAGUGCUCCGGCUCUGGAGGAAUGUUCCACUUCUUCGGAAGGAUAAGCCUAACAGCCCCGCCCGGGUCGCUUCACAAAUCGUCUGGCUCUUCCGGAAGAACUUCAACGGGCGUGGGCGUUGUUGAAUAUUGCCCCAGGCAGGCGCUGCCGAGUACU